AUGGAUACAAUAGAAUACGUCCGUUUGCACAUCUUGCCCUUUAACUCCGCGCUCCUCAGAACCAUCAUCCCGCCCUCGAUUCUCCCAAACGCGCGCAACAUCUCCUACCACGAAAUCGCGACCUUCCCCGAGAAAGCCUAUGGCUACGUGGAGCUGCCCAUCAUGGACGCCGAGAAGAUCAAGAAGAAGCUGAAUGGCACCAUUCUGAAAGGCACCAAAGUGCGCAUCGAGAAGGCGCGCGAGAGGAAGGAGAGGGUGGUUGAGGAGGCGAAAGCGGAGGGACCAGAACGGCCGAAGAAAGAGAGGAAGCAGAAGCGCAAGAGGGAUGAGCUGCCGGGCGUGGACAUUGGCGAGCGGCACGUCAAGAGGGGGUGGACCACGCCGGCGAAGGAUAUUAAGAAGGAUCUGAUGGUCAGCAACAAGUCGAAAUUUACCACGGGUCCGGAGUGUUUGUUCAAGACGAAUUUGCCACCAAACGUUGCUUCGCGAGAAAAGAUUGCGGAAGCAAAGCCGGACAAGAGGAAGAGGAAGCCUGGAAAGGAGGCUGUUGUGCAUGAGUUUGCGAAGACUACGAAAUAUGCGACGUUUUUGAGGGGCAGUGGGUUGUCGAAUGGGACAAAGACUGUGGCAGAAUUUGUGGAAGGCAAGGGAUGGUUUGAUGAAGAGGGCAACUUGGUUGAGGGAGUCAAGACCAAGAAGAAGAAGGCCAUACCCGUGCCAGUGGUGGAGAUGGAGAGUAGCGAUCUCGUUGAGAAGAAUGCUGAGAUGUUGGAUGAGAUGGAGGUCGAUUCAGAUGUGGAAGGCAAAGAAAGCUCAAGCGAUUCCGGCUCGGCAGAUGAGGACGAGGACGAGCAUGACCUGGCCAAAGUAGAAGCCAUCGAAAAGGACAGUUCUAGCGACUCGGAUUCUGGUAGCUCUCACGAAGACUCAGAUCACAAGAGCAUUCCGAGAUCAUCUCCUAUCGCAACGAAGAAAGCUACCCAGCAAGACUCUAGUUCUAGCGACGAGAGUUCGGAUGAAGAACCCAUCGCAGAAGCUCAAGUCGAAAAGGAAGAUACCCCGCCAAGCUCUGAUUCGUCGUCCGAAGAAGACUCGUUGUCUGAAGAAGACUCGUCGUCCGACUCAUCGGACGAUUCGGGGGCAGACUCUGAAUUCAAGAAACCUCAGUCUGCCAUCAACACUAAACUACAAAACUCCACCAUUCCAGCUUUAAGCAUUACAAUCCCCGACUCACUCAUAUCUACCCCAGUCGCCCCACCGGUUCAUCCUCUAGAGGCGUUAUAUAAGAAGACCGAAUCAGACACCAAGAACCCGCCCAAGGCAGUGCCAUCUUUCAGUUUCUUCAGUGCAGACAACGACGAUGAAGAAGCCCAAGUCGGGGCUCAUCUCCAAGUUCCUCUCACUCCCUAUACACAAAAGGACAUUGAGCACAGAGGACUUCGAAGUGCUGCUCCAACUCCAGAUACGGCACAUCCAAGCAGGCGAUUUGUUUGGCCUAGCGCGAACGAUCAGGACGAGGAUGGUGGACGUGUGGCUGGCUCUCCAACUCGGAAAAGCGAAGCGAAGGGGAAAGAAAAGGAGAGAGAGAAGGCGACAGAGCCUGAGAGUGAUUUCCAGAAGUGGUUCUAUGAGAACAGAGGGGAUGUCAGGCGGGCCUGGACAGGGAGGAGGAAAAGUGCUGCGAAGGAGAAACGCCAGAGGGAGAACAGGAAGCGAGAGCGUCGUGCUGUCUGA